CACUGGUUGGACCAUUCAAAAUUCAUUAAGAAGCAAAUAAAAAUUGGACCUCCAUACACCUUGCAUUUUCGAAUUAAGUACUAUUCGUCGGAACCGAACAACCUUCAUGAGGAGUUUACAAGGUACCUGUUUGUAUUACAGCUCCGGCAAGAUAUUCUUUCAGGGAAACUGAAAUGCCCAUAUGAAACUGCUGUUGAACUAGCAGCUCUGUGUCUUCAAGCUGAGCUGGGAGAGUGUGAGCACCCAGAGCACACACCAGAACUCGUGUCUGAAUUCAGGUUUGCACCAAACCAGACCGAAGCAAUGGAAUUUGACAUUUUUCAGAAAUGGAAAGAGAUACCUGUGUGGGAGGGAAAGAGCCCAGCGCAGGCCGAAUUGUGCUACUUGAACAAAGCUAAAUGGCUAGAAAUGUAUGGUGUAGAUAUGCAUGUAGUCAAGGGAAGAGAUGGCUGUGAAUAUGCUCUUGGACUGACACCAACAGGCAUAUUGAUCUUUGAAGGAGCCAACAAAAUAGGCUUAUUCUUUUGGCCUAAAAUCACAAAAAUGGACUUUAAAAAGAGCAAACUAACGCUUGUGGUUGUAGAAGAUGAUGAACAGGGCAGAGAGCAAGAGCACACGUUUGUCUUCCGGUUAGACAGUGCCAAAACGUGCAAACAUUUGUGGAAGUGUGCAGUGGAGCACCAUGCUUUCUUCAGACUGCGGGCCCCAGCAAAUAGUAAAUCUAGUCGGUCCGACUUCAUAAGACUGGGAUCACGCUUCAGAUUCAGUGGGCGGACAGAGUAUCAAGCGACACAUGGGACAAGGUUACGCAGAACUAGUACAUUUGAAAGGAGGCCCAGCAAGCGAUAUCCUUCUCGAAGGCAUUCGACAUUUAAGGCAAACAAUCCUGUGAAAGCAGCACAACUGUGUGCUAAAAAUACUCCUGAAGUCCAUAACUACCAGCCACAGUAUCAUCCUAAUAUACAUCCUGCUCAGCCACACUGGCAUCCACAUACACCUGUCAAUGUAAGCUAUCCCUUGAACAACAGUGAUCUGCAUCAGUUCAACAUUGAGGAGAAUGGUGGAGCACCAUAUACCACAAAAAUGCCUGCAAGGCACCACCACCACCACCGUCACCACCACCACCACCCAAAUUACGGCGCCCUUGCUCCUGAUAGCAAAGACAUUGUUUCUGGAGUUCCAAACCCAAACAGUAAGUCCACUGCAGUGUCAUAACUGAGCUCAGGACUUCCCCUUCUUUAUGAUGAAACUUCUCAUCUGAAGAAAAUAGAAACGGAGAGUGUGAAGGUAGUUGGACCAUGGCCAGCCCUGCACGUCAGCAUGAACAAGGUUGAAGACAAGAAAGUGUCUGAAAAGACUCUUCAUGCCCCUGUGUCACCUUCCUCUGUACCUGACCAUAUGAAGUGCAACAUCCUUAAAGCUCAAGUGGAAGCUGCUUUUAGAGUAGGCGCCCAG